AUGGAUCCGUCUUUGAUGGGAUCGGUGUCAAACGCCGCAGUUUUACAAGAAACAGCAACUGAUACACGUUACAACCAGUUGGAACAAACUCUGGAAAAUUUCCAAGAGAAUGCACGGCAGAUGGGAGUGAUUGCAAGUGAUUUUACAACUCGAAGUCAGGAACCAUUAAACCAAAAAAUUCAUACACUUAUUUCUGGCCUUCAUAACCAAUUUAUGGAUGUCAAAAUACCCCUUGAAUUGCUGGAAUAUCUGGAUCAAGGGAAAAACCCUCAACUCUAUACAAAAGAAUGUUUGGAACGGACGUUAAACAAAAAUAAAGAGAUGAACGGUAAAAUUGAAAUGUACAAGAAGUUCCGUGCAAUGCUGCUGAAAGAACUCGGUGAAGAAAUGCCAAAUGAUAUGGUUUUAUAUCGAAAUUUAAGAGACAAAAAAGAUGCUUCUCCACAGCAUGAAAAUUAUAAUGAAGAUGCUAGUGAUUAA